UUUCAACUUCCAACCUCGAAUCGAUUCCUACGAAUGUAACGAACAUCGGCAGCAAGACUCGUCUUUGGCGCGAGAAAGAGAUUGGAAUUUCCCGGAGAGAACAAGGAGAAUGAACAGGUCGACGUCGUCGUCGGGCCUACUCCCAAUGCCAGGCUCGACAUCGGCCAGCUGGGCCGUGUACCGGUCCCGGCUUGUGUCGGUAUUCCGCGGUGUCGAUUCCUCCGUCUUGAUUGCCUUUUGGCUUUUUGGCCUGAUCAACAACGUCCUCUACGUCAUCAUCCUCUCGGCCGCCCAAGAUCUCGUCGGCACCACCGUCCCAAAGGGCGUCGUGCUACUCGCCGACGUCCUCCCGUCCUUCCUCACGAAACUCGUCGCGCCGUACUUUAUCCACCGGAUACCAUACUACGUCCGGAUCCUCAUCUUCGUCGCGCUCUCGUCCUCCGGGAUGCUGCUGGUGGCCCUGACGCCGGCCGAGAAGGGGGUGGCGGCGCGCCUGGCCGGCGUCGUGCUGGCCAGCCUCAGCAGCGGCGGUGGCGAGCUCUCUUUCCUCGGUCUGACGCACUACUACGGCCCCAUGAGCCUGGCCGCGUGGGGCAGUGGCACCGGCGGCGCGGGCCUGGUCGGCGCGGGCUUGUACGUCGCCAUGACGGAGUGGUUCGGACUCGCGGUCAAGACGAGCCUGCUGGCGUCGGCUCUGCUGCCCGGCGUCAUGGUCGUGAGCUUCUUUAUGAUUCUGCCCCGGGCGCCCCUCAAGGAAGGUGAGGGCGCGGGUGUCAAGGACUACAGUGCGGUGCCGGACAGUGAUCUCGAGGAUGAGGACGUCGAGGGUCUUUCUGCGGCUGAUGCCUCGGCGAGCUUGCUGGCUCCCGGACCGCGGAGCGUUGCCUCGACGGCGCUGCAUCCGGUAGAUGCGGAGAGUGGGGGUCACGGCGCCGUUGCUGUUGCUGCUCGGGGACCGGGACGGAAGCCUACGCUCGCUCAGAAUCUGCACAGGGCCAAGCGGCUAUUUCUACCAUACAUGCUUCCGCUGCUCCUCGUCUACGUGGCUGAGUAUACCAUCAACCAGGGUGUGUCGCCGACGUUACUCUUCCCACUCGAGCAGUCGCCCUUUACCGAGUUUCGAUCCUUUUACCCCUUCUACGGCUUCCUGUACCAGCUGGGCGUCUUCAUCUCGCGCUCCUCCACGCCCUUCUUCCGCAUCCACAACCUCUACCUCCCUUCGCUCCUGCAGGUGGCCAACCUAGUGCUACUCACCCUACAUGCCAUGCUUAACUUCAUCCCGUCUGUCUACCUUGUGUUUGCCGUCAUCUUUUGGGAGGGCCUGCUGGGCGGCGCAGUCUACGUCAACACGUUUGCCGAGAUCAUGGAGAACGUGCCCGCGGCGGACCGCGAGUUUAGUCUCGGGGCUACUUCUGUCAGCGAUAGUGGCGGGAUAUGCCUAGCGAGCCUGAUCGGGAUGGUCUUGGAGGUGUCGCUGUGUGAUUAUCAGGUCAGGAAAGGGAGGGAUUGGUGCAGGCGGAUUGAGGCGAGUUGA